AGAGAGAAAGAGAGAGAGAGAGAAUCAGGUUAUUAGCAACAAGGAGAGGCCAGGAUUGCUCACAAAUCUUGAAAAGGGUUGAGACUUAUAACACCCUUAUCCUAUCUUCUUCUUCGAUUCAAUUUCACAUAUAAAAGCUCAAUUCUCUCUCUAUAAAUCCACUUUCUCCUCCAUUGUCUUCUUUCUCUUCAUUGCCCUGAGCUUCAUUCAUUCAUCGCUCCGAUUCAUGACUGCGAUGAUUUCUCUCAAGUGAGGUUCUGAGCUUCUUGCGUCUCUUCUUCCCAAUCGGAUUUGCUUUCGUAUCGAAGAAAAUGGCGCCGAGGUCUGGCCGAGGGAAAUCGAAUAAAGCCAAAGCAGAAAAGAAGAAGAAGGAAGACAAAGCAUCAGUGCCUUCUCUGGUCGACAUUAAUGUCGUCACUCCUUAUGAUUCUCAAGUUGUCCUCAAGGGCAUCUCCACUGAUAAGAUACUUGAUGUAAGAAGGCUAUUGGCUGUGAAUGUGGAAACCUGCCAUUUUACAAACUAUUCUCUCUCUCAUGAGGUUAAAGGGCAGAGAUUGAAUGACAGAGUUGAGGUUGUUACUCUAAAGCCCUGUAUUCUAAAAAUGGUUGAAGAGGAUUACAUGGAGGAAGCCCAAGCUGUUGCACAUGUGAGACGACUCUUGGACAUCGUGGCCUGCACAUCUAGGUUUUCGAAGCCUAGACGGGCCCUGACAAGCCCAGAUUCCAAAUCUAAGAAAACAAGCAAGGCCCAAAAUAAUCAAAAGCGGAAUUCGAGCCCACCAACUACCAAUGAGGACUUCCGGAUCGGGUCACCGGAGCCUGUCUCGCCGAUUUCCGAUCAUUUAGGCAUGGUAGCCAUCCAUCCCACGCCGAAGCUUUCAGACUUCUACGAGUUCUUCUCUUUCUCUCAUCUUUCUCCACCGAUUUUAUACUUGAAGAGAUGUGAGUUGAAAAAUGAGGAUGAUAGACGCAAAGAACAUUACUUUCAGCUUCAGAUCAAAAUCGGCAACGGGAAGCUGAUAGAAGUGAUCGCAUCAAAAAAAGGCUUUUAUACUGUUGGGAAGCAGUCUCUUCAGAGCCAUUCUCUAGUGGAUCUUCUGAAACAGCUCAGCCGAGGUUUUGCUAAUGCAUAUGAAUCUUUGAUGAAAGCAUUUGUGGAACAUAAUAAGUUUGGUAAUCUUCCAUAUGGAUUCCGAGCUAAUACAUGGCUUGUCCCCCCAUCUGUUGCCGAGAGUCCUUCAAAUUUUCCUGCCCUGCCUACUGAGGACGAAAGCUGGGGUGGUAAUGGCGGUGGCCAGGGAAGAAAUGGUGAACACAGUCUGAGAUCAUGGGCUACAGACUUCGCAAUAUUGGCUUCUCUUCCUUGCAAAACCGAAGAGGAGAGGAUGGUUAGAGACAGAAAAGCUUUUCUGCUUCACAGUCAAUUUGUUGAUACUUCAAUAUUUACAGCUGUUACAGCUAUAAGACAUGUCUUAGAGUCAAAGUCGAAUGGAAAUAGCAAAUUGCAUUGUUCUCCGGAUUCAAUCCUCCAUGAAGAUCGUGUAGGGGACGUGUCCAUAAUUGUCAAACGUGAUAUUGGAGACAUAAACCAUAAAGAUGAUAAGAAGCUUUCUAGUGGUAAGUCCACAGUUUUGAAGGAGCAUGCUCAGAAGAAUUUACUCAAAGGAUUGACUGCAGAUGAAAGUGUAAUUGUCCGUGAUACUUCUUCCUUGACUGUCGUUGUUGUGCAUUACUGUGGAUACGUUGCAACAGUGAGUGUGGUGGGUAAAAUUAACACAAGGAAGCCUGAAUUUCAAGACAUCCAAAUCGAUGAUCAGCCAGAUGGAGGGGCAAAUGCUCUCAAUGUCAAUAGCUUGAGGCUACUGCUUCACAAGUUUGUAGCUGAGCCAUCCGAAGGAAGAUCAUCAAUACCAAAUUUGGAUGGUUUGGACUCUUGUAGAAAUCUUAUUCGGAAGGUGGUUAGAGAAAGCUUGGAAGAGAAAAGUGAUGAGCUAGUUAAUUCAGAAAGGUCUAUUCGGUGGGAACUCGGUUCUUGCUGGGUGCAACAUCUGCAAAAGCAGGAAACUUCAACAGAUAAAGGUUCUGAAAGAAAGGAAGAUGGCAAUGAAGCUUUACAAGCUGUCAAAGGUCUUGGAAGGCAAUUCAAAUUUUUGAAGAGGAGAGAAAAGAAAGCUACUAGUUUAGAUUGUACAGACCAUAGGGAGCAAAAUGACUCUAGACCUUGUGAUGUGGAAACUGAUAAAGCUGAAUUAAACAAUGAUGACUUGAAUAGCUCUGCUGAGUUGGAGAAACUUCUUCCACAAGAAGCCUUUUUGCGACUGAAAGAAUCUGGAACUGGUCUGCAUCUAAAGACAGUUGAUGAGCUUAUCAACAUGGCACACAAAUACUAUGACGAAGUUGCCUUGCCAAAGCUGGUUACAGACUUCGGAUCACUCGAACUUUCUCCAGUUGAUGGCCGUACACUGACUGAUUUCAUGCAUCUAAGAGGACUAAAGAUGCGCUCUCUUGGUGAAGUAGUUAAACUGGCCAAAGAUCUUCCACAUAUACAAUCUCUUUGUAUUCAUGAGAUGGUUACUCGAGCUUUCAAGCAUUUACUUAAAGCCGUAAUUGCCUCAGUUGAUAAUGUGGCAGACUUAUCUCCUGCUAUUGCAUCAACUCUGAACUUCUUACUUGGAAGCUGUCAACUGGAAAAUACUGACCAAAGCUUGACUGAAGACAAUCAUCUCAGAUUGCAGUGGCUACGGGCAUAUUUAAUAAAAAAAUUUGGAUGGACAUUGAAUGAUGAGUUUCAAUAUUUGAGGAAGUUAUCAAUCCUGAGAGGGCUUUGUCACAAGGUUGGAUUGGAAUUGUUCCCAAGAGAUUACGACGUGGAGACCUCCCACCCCUUUGGGGAAUACGAUAUCAUCAGCCUAGUUCCUGUUUGCAAGUACAUAGGAUGCUCCUCAGCAGAUGGACGCAAUUUAUUGGAAUCAUCCAAAAUGGCUCUUGAUAAAGGAAAGCUUGAGGAUGCAGUAAAUUAUGGAACAAAGGCAUUGGCAAAGAUGAUGGCUGUUUGUGGUCCCUAUCAUCGAACUACAGCAAGUGCUUAUAGUCUUCUAGCUGUGGUUCUCUACCACACUGGAGAUUUUAAUCAAGCAACCAUAUAUCAGCAAAAGGCCCUGGAUAUAAACGAGAGGGAGCUUGGGCUUGACCAUCCAGACACCAUGAAAAGCUACGGGGAUCUCUCUGUCUUUUAUUAUCGUCUGCAACACAUGGAGCUGGCUCUGAAGUAUGUCAACCGUGCUCUCUUCCUUCUUCACUUCACAUGCGGACUGUCUCAUCCAAACACAGCCGCAACAUAUAUAAAUGUGGCUAUGAUGGAAGAGGGUAUGGGAAAUGUUCAUGUGGCGCUCAGAUAUUUGCAUGAAGCUCUUAAAUGCAACAAAAGAUUGUUAGGAGAAGAUCAUAUCCAGACUGCUGCGAGCUUCCAUGCCAUUGCCAUAGCUCUUUCAUUGAUGGAAGCUUAUUCCCUGAGUGUACAACACGAACAAACGACCCUUAAGAUACUCCAAGAAAAGCUUGGACCUGAAGAUCUUCGUACGCAGGAUGCUGCUGCAUGGCUCGACUAUUUUGAAUCAAAAGCAAUAGAGCAACAAGAAGCAGCUAAAAAUGGAACUCCAAAGCCUGAUGCAUCCAUUGCAAGUAAAGGUCACCUUAGUGUAUCAGAUCUCCUGGAUUUUAUUAAUCCUGAACAAGAGCCCAAAGGAAAUGACACUCAGAGGAAACAGCGACGUGCAAAGCAGAUACACCCAAUCAUGGAUAAAAACCAUCAACAACACGAUGAUUCAAUAGCUGACGAGAACAUUCCCUUAGAUGGAUCAAAAGAUGAUAGAAGUAUGGAAGAGGGCAACACUCAAGCAACUCAAGUCACGCUUCAUUCUGAAGAACUGAAAGAAAAUGAUGAAUUCACUAGAUAUGUGCCUGAGACGAGUGAAGUUGUUGAGGAAAUAUCCUCUGAUGAAGGGUGGCAAGAAGCCAAUUCUAAAGGGCGGUCAGGAAACACAGCCAACCGCAAGUUUGGUCGGAGGAGACCUCGUCUUGCAAAGCUGAGGAUUAAUAGCUCUGAGAAUUACAUCGUCAGAGAAAGCAGUUACAGGAAUGACAUAACAUCGCCACAUAAAUUAACUCCAAAACUCACUUCAGCCGCAAUAUCUUCGCCUGGACAAUUAAAAGGUAGAAGCUCCACUUUAAAAGAGGAACCUGUAAAUCAUUCAACGAGAGCUUCAGCGUCCAAAUAUUCCUCUACUCCAGCAGUUCUUAGUCCUUUGGCUUCAAAGUCUAUAUCUUACAAAGAAGUGGCGCUGGCACCACCAGGUACUGUUUUAAAGCCCCUGUUAGAGAAAGCUGAAGUGGACAAUGUAAAGACUGAAAGCGAGAAGUGCAAUGCAACUGAAGAAAGCUGCCAAAGCUCUGUAGUUGAAGCAGUUUCUGAGCAAGAUGAAAAGGAGGGGACUUGUGAACCUGACAUUCAAAGAGAAAAUAGAGAAAAUUCUGCAUCAGAAGUUGAGGAGGGGUCACUCUCUUCUGAUCAGGCAAAACCUGAAGAAACCAAUGGUAGCAAGCUUUCAGCAGCAGCGGAGCCAUUCAACCCAGGAACGCUGUUUAGGGCUCAACAUUUAAAUUCGGUUCCCAUCACAAACAUUUAUGAUACCAAUGCCAGUCAAGGCAUGCCGGUGGAUCCUGUGCUUCCUCCCGUUGCUGCUAGGGUCCCCUGCGGGCCCAGGUCACCUCUAUACUAUAGAACCAACUAUACUUUCAGCAUGAAACAUGGUUAUUCAAAAAAUAACACUCCUACCAGGGAAAGUAUUGGAUCCGGGGCUCCAACAAUCAUGAAUCCACAUGCACCUGAGUUUGUUCCCAGAAAAGUUUUGCAAACGGAGACCAAUGAUGCCAAUUCCUUGGGGACAAAUAUGGCAGAAAACAACAAUAUGGAUGAAAAAAUCAGCGAGGAUUUGAAGGAAAGUUCUCCAAGAAAGCGUGUUUCUGGAUAUGAGAAGUCAGAGCUAGCUAGGCAGAUAUUGCUGAGCAUGCUUGUGAAAUCAGUUCAGCAAAAUAUUGAUUCUGCUGAUGAAUCCAAAGUCAGUGAAGAAAAAAGCGACAAAAUGGAAAAUUCUUCUGACGCAAUAGCCAAAGACAGCGCUAUUAUAAAAAUCUUACAUACGAAUGAAGGGAAAAAAAAGAUAAAUCCCCAAUCAAAUGAAAGCGAAGAGCAAGAAAAAACAGAUGCAGCCAAUAAGAACAACGGAGAUGAAGGGUUUAUAGUGGUCACUAAGAAAAGAAGGAGCAGGCAGAAGUUCACAAAUGGAGUUUCAGAUUUGUGCAAUCAGCAGUCCAUCUGUGCUUCAGUCCGUUGAGGAGUUGUUUAAAUUAAAUGGCAUUCCCAAUAAGCCAUUAGGUUGUCUAGUCAUCUGAGGUUAUCUUGACAAUAUACUCUCUAACAAGGUAUAAAUCCCUUGGUUUACGAGCUUUGGCCAUUGAUUGCCAGCGCAUUUUUUUCCCUGGUCAAUUUAGGACGCGGCUUCUUGAAUCUCCACUCCGUAGUUCUUAUAGUAAAAUUUUCCUCAGGAUAUUUUGUUUUAUCGAAUAAAUAUUCAAUUGGCAAGUUCAGUUCAUUUUGUUAUAACUGUUUCUGGAAA